UAGAACAGCGGUGGAGGAUGUUGGGGGUUGUUGUGCAUGCUAUGUGGGGUCUGUCAGUGUUUCUGUUGUGUGUACAGGUUGCCGUUAUCUCUGCAUUUUUGCACCUCCCUGUGUCAGGCGCAGAGAAGCCCCCGUCCGCUCGCCCUGCCCCCAGCACUGAUAUGUCUGUGCUACACCGCCAGUAGUUUUGGGAAAUUCUUUCUGGAUCUCCAGGACACGUCCGGUCCGCUCCGCCACCUCUAUAAUCGUCGGGGCCCCAAUUGAAGUUUCCCUUAUGAGCGCUCAGGGGCGCAGCGAUGCAGUGAAGUUAAAGGGGUUGUCCACCUUUGACCAUACUUCUCAGAAUGCAAAUCACCAGAACAAGUGGGGAAUCCUGGGAGACCUCAGCGGCAGAAUUCUUUACAGUCAUGGAGGAACCUGGGGGUCAUUCUCAGGACCGUCCACCCCCCGCCGCUGAGGGUCAGUCGCCUCCCCAAGACUGUGAAGGAGAUGACCACAAAUCAGAAGCACAGCUAGCGGCAGAGAUUGCACUGGGAAGUGAAGAGUUAACUCAGGAGCAGCCGGGCUUUGUGACCCCUCCAUCAUCAGAAGACUCCCAUGAGACCUGUGACCCCCAAUCCGACCCCGCUGCCCCCCGUAACUCGGAACCUGCAGAUCAUGUAGCUGCUAUACCUCAAACCGCAGACCCUGAUGAAUCUAAAACUGUGACCCCAGAAAUCCCCCCCGUCCAGGAGGUCCCACAUGUGAAGGACGAUCCCGAAGAAAACCUGGAGACCGAGGUCUCCUUAGAUACCAUCAGCACCAAAGAUCUUCUGUCCAAGAUCCACAUCCCGCCAUCCCAGGAGGCUUUACUGGAUGAGAUAGAGAGUGAGCUGAACUUCUCCGAGGUGGACUACAAGUUACACAAUGGCAUCCGUAAAGGUGGCUUAACCCUGGAUAUGCUGGAACAGUGUGUCCAUGACAAGUAUAUGCAGCAGGAAAACUCCAUUAAAAGGUUAAUUGAGGAGAAUAAGAAGCAUCAGCAGCUGAUCUUGGACAUUUGCUCUGAGAAGGACCAUCUAAGAGAAGAGCUGAAGAAGCGAGGAGACACUGAGGUCCUGCACCUGAACUCCAUAAAGCAGCUUGAAGGGAGGAUCGAACAACUCAUUGGAGACCUCAAAACAGCUAAAGACAGAAUGACUGCACAAGAUGCGACUUCCAGAAACACCAUCCAGCAUCUGCAUAGGGAAAUGGCUCUGAGGACGGAGCAGGCCAAUAAGAAAUGUGAAGAGGCCCGACAAGAGAAAGAGGCGAUGGUGAUGAAGUACGUGAGAGGCGAAAAAGAGUCUCUGGAUCUUCGGAAGGAGAAAGAGGUUCUGGAGCGGAGGCUGCGAGAAGCCAACAAGGAGAUUGAGAAGAACAGCGCCAGGAUCAAGAUCCUAACUCAGGAGAAAGGACGGCUCCAUCAGCUGCACGAGGCCAAGGAGAACGAGACGAGCCGGCAGAACCGAGAAAUCGAAAAACUGAAGGAAGAAGUGAAUUCAUACGCCAUCAAAGUGAAGUGGGCUCAUAACAAAUUAAAAACGGAGCUGGACUUGCACAAGGAAACCAAAGACAAACUGCGGGAGUCAACGGCCAAACUAAACCAAGCCAAGGAGGAAGCCGAGCAGAUCCGCCGGAACUGCCAGGAGAUGAUUAAGACUUAUCAGGAAUCUGAAGAAAUUAAAUCCAAUGAACUGGAUGCAAAGCUGCGGGUCACCAAAGGGGAGCUAGAGAAGCAGAUGCAGGAGAAAUCUGACCAUUUGGAGGAUUCUAAGGUUCACCAAGCUAAAAUGAAGGAGCUGGACGACCUGAGACGUACGUUUACAGAGGGCAUGGACGAGCUCCGCACACUACGAACCAAGGUAAAAUGCUUAGAAGCCGAGCGGCUAAGGACGGAGGAAGAGUUGUCCAAAUACAAGGAGCUGAUAAACCGGCAGAAGGCGGAGAUCCAGAACCUGCAGGAGAAGGUGAAGGUGGUGGAGGAGCAGGAGCAGCGGCACCAGAGGGACCAACAGGAAAUUCAGAGCUUGCGGGAUGAAGGGAGCAGCCUGAACUCGGUCAUCUCUGACCUGCAGCGGGAUAUAGAGGGGAGCAGGAUGCGGGAGUCUGAGCUGCUGGGAUUUACUGAGAAGCUGACCAGUAAGAACGCCCAGAUCCAGUCCGAGAACAACUCCUUACAGGCUCACCUGGACAAGCUGCUGUGUAGUGAGGGCGAGCUGCGCACCCAACUGGAGCAGCUCCUGCACAGCAACACUGACCUGGAGCGGAGGCUGGCUGCAGAGCAAGCUCUCAGGAAGCAGGAGAUCCAGGCGCUGCAGGCGGAGGUGGACAGUCAGCGGCAGCGCGCCGCCUCACUGAAUACUCGGAUUGAGGAGCUGAACAAUGAUGUCAGCACCCAGAAGAGGAAGCAUGCCGUCAACCUGAAGGAUCUCGCCAAACAGCUUCAGCAAGCACGAAAGAAGAUGGAGCAGAUGGAGAACGGCAACUAUGAGAAAGAUGUCAGCAGCAUGGGCAGCCGCUCCAGUUCUUCCGGUUCUCUCAACACUCGAAACAACGAGGACCGAUCGCCAGAAAACACGGGAACCACGACGGCCGUGGAUAGCUUCCCAGAAGUGGACAAAGCCGUCCUGAUCGAGAGAAUAAUCCGUCUCCAGAAGGCGCACGCCCGGAAAAAUGAGAAGAUAGAGUUCAUGGAGGACCACAUAAAGCAACUGGUGGAGGAGAUUAGAAAAAAGACAAAAAUUAUCCAGAGCUAUGUGUUACGGGAGGAGUCCGGGACUCUGUCAUCUGAGGCAUCAGACUUCAACAAGGCUCAUCUGAGCCGGCGAGGGGGCAUCAUGGCUUCCCUGUACACCUCCCACCAGGCGGACAGCGGCCUCACCCUGGAACUGUCCCUGGAGAUUAACAAGAAGCUGCAGGCUGUGCUGGAAGACACCUUACUGAAGAACAUCACCCUGAAGGAGAACCUCCAGACUCUGGGGAUGGAGAUCGAGCGUCUGAUUAAGCAGCAGAGUGGCGGUGAGCGCAGGAUGUGACCGCCGGCCGCGGCAUCGCAGCUCAUGGCUCUCCUGGGGGCACAGAGAUGUCAGAAAUCCCAGAAACCUUAUGUUAUUGGAAGAACCUUUUGCACUAAUUACGAGGGGGAAUAAUGAGAUGAACACUCCUGUGACUCCACCCUCAACAGCGCUUCCAUUCAGGUUAAGCAAACAGUUUUAUUACUUAUUCCCUGGCCACUCACCUGAUCUUAUAGAACUACAUCUGCCAGAAAGCCCUGGGCAGUCACAUGUUCUGUGCUCCGGGUUCUUCCAUCAGAUCACUCCAUGUGGACGUCAAAUGUCAAACUCCUGAUCGGUAAAUAGAAGCCAUUUUAUCUGUUUGUCUCUGGGAAAGCUGGGUGACGAGCCGUACGGCCAGCAAUGCAGAGCCCACGGGUGUGUCACCCAGCUUUCUGCAAUUCCCAGGUCUGUCGAGAUAAAUGCCACUGGGCAGGGGGAGUGUGUAAGCAUCACAAGGCAAUCUGCCCUGCAGGAGUCUGGAAAAGCUGGGUGACUAAGUGGCUGCCAUUACCGCGACCUCCGGGGCUGGUACCCCUGACUUCUUCAGUUUACAUUUCCUUGUCUCCACUCACAUCCAAAGCUGCAGCUUGACAGUAGUUUAGCCCCGCCCCUCGAUCAGACGUGCUUAUCAACUCCCACAAUGCACUGCAGUAAGAGGGCUGCAGUUCCUUAGAAAUCUAUGUUUAGCUUUAGACCUAACUGGAGCAGAACACGUCGUAGUCUAGGGAUCGGCAGGAAGAAAGGAGAAGAAAUGUAGAUUUCCUUUAAAGUCACAACUUUAAAAAUAAUUUAUACUUCUACUGAGUCUACUGCGCAGCCUGCUGACGGGUGACGGGAGCGCAGCGCGCCGAGGAGGGUGACGUCUGCUGACAACUUCACCUAUGUAGUAGAUGUCACCUGCAGUCCUAUGUAACACCACAGAUAACACAGUGAUUACUCUCUGAGUACAGAUAAUGUAGUAUAUGUCACCUGCAGUCCUAUGUAACACCACAGAUAACACAGCGAUA